AUGAGCGCUCAGAAGCUAUUAUGUCUUAGCGCUUUAGGAAACCCAGAACCGUUAUAUCGAAGUACAAGACAUAAUGCCGGAGUCAUUAUGUUAAGAAUGCUUAAGAAUGAAUUUUGCCCGGAUGCCGUGUUGAAGACAUCAAACGUCUCACCUCAUAUUCAAUAUUGCCAUGAACCUAGAUUAAAUCUCUUGAUGCUUUUCAACAAGUCACAGUUUAUGAACCUUUCUGGCCAUGCUAUGAUACCAGUUUGGCGAAAGCUUCCGCACGACGCACUACAUGUGGUUUUGCACGACGAGUUGAACAUACCGAUUGGAAACGUCCAGUUGAGGAAGCCUGGCACAAGUUUCAGAGGUCAUAAUGGUCUAAGAGAUAUGAUAAAAAUGAAAGGCGAUGAUAAAUUUCACAAGCUCGGUAUUGGCAUUGAUAGACCAAAUUCCAGAGAUCCAAGAAUUGUAGCAGAUUACGUGCUUGCCAAUUUUACGAAAGGAGAAAUGGAGACAUUACAGUACGAUUCCUUUCAGAAGGCGGUAGAACAUGUACGGAAGCUUUUGCCACAUUAA